AUGCGGAUUAACCGGCAGACGGCCGUCAGCCGCUGCCGGCCGUCAACUUUGACGGUGCGAGCCGCGUCUGACGGUCAAGCGGCAGCGGAGACGGCUGAACCACAGUCGGCAUCGUUCGAUGCGUCGCUCGUGAGCAAGAACAGCGCCUUGGUGCCUGACUCGGAACUUAGCAUUACCAAGACGUCGUUCGGCACCAUCGGCCUGACGGUGGGCUUGCUGCUGCUGUCGUACGGCUUUGGCGCGUACUUCCAGUUCCUGCCGGGCUCCGAGUCCUCCGCCCUCAUGCUCACCUACGGCUUCCCCACUGCGCUCAUCGGAUUCGCCCUCAAGUAUGCGGAGCUCAAGCCGGUGCCAUGCACAUCAUAUGCCGACGCUGUGGCGCUGAGGGAGACACAGGCUACGCCCAUCCUGCAGCAGGUGCGCAGUGACGUCACACGGUUCCGCUAUGGAGACGAGCAGCACUUGGAGGAGGCUCUGAAGAGAAUAUUCCGCUACAACCUGUCGGGAGGCAUUCAGCGCAGAAACGCACCGACACUUACUUCUAUCAGCGAGCAGGUGUACAACGGACGGUACUCCCUGGUGCUGAUCUUUGAGGCCCCGGCUCUCUCGAAAGCGGAUUUCACGGAGAGGCAGGCCAAGUUCACAUCCUUCUUUGGGCCGGGCGUGCAGGCUUUGAUUGAGGAGCCGCAUUCCCCCUUCCGCAUUCCCCCUCCACAGUCCCCCGUCCAUAUUCCCCCUUCCCCAUUCCGCCUUCCGCAUUCCGCCAUCCGCAUUCCCCCUGCCGCAUCCCCGAUUCCGCAAUCCCCCAGCCGCAUUCCCCCUUUCGCAUUCUCCCUUCCGCAUUCCCCCUUCCGCAUUCCCCCUUCCGCUCCGCAUUCCCCCUUCCGCAUUCCCCCUUCCGCAUUACCCAGCAUGCUUCAAACUCACUCCCUCGUGCUCCCUGCCUCAUGCUCACUCCCUCGUGCUCCCCCACCCCCAUGUCCAUCUCCUGCCUCCCUUCACGCCCCAUCAGCCGCGCAACGCCUUUCACAGGGGCCUGGCGUCGGCAUUGCGUCUUCUGCACCCCUCCAACCUCCACUUCCCCCUCCAGAGCCAUACGGCAUUCGCCCUCCCUUCCCCAUCAUCAUGCCACGAGUUUCACCCCUACUAGCCCUCCCUUCCCCCUCUGCUUCCCCUCCUUCCCCCCUCCUUCCCCUCCUUUCCCCCUCUGCUUCACCUACUUCUCCCCCCUGCAUCCCCUCCUUUCUCCCCCUGCCUCGCCUGCCAUUCAUCCAUCAGGUCUGCAGUGAACUCUACCAAUCCCACGCCGCCACCUGUCCCUUCCUCCGCUCCCCCACUCACCCCCAGCACAUCCAGAUCCAACACGACGACAGCGGGCGCCCUCUCAUUGGCCCGUGCCACUGCCCUCCCCAGCAGCCGCCGAACCUCCUUCGCAGGCUCGGACCCGAGCCUGGAACAGCUGACACACUCUGUGUGCGCGAGGCAGGUCCGGUCGUUUCGAACCUGCCAGGCUAG